AUCAUGACUGCCUCAAGAGGCGUUAGUGUUGAAAGCAGUUGAAAGAGUCUAUCAUCUGCUAGCACGCGUGCGCAGUUAUCUCUUUCUUGUCCUCUUUCUGUAAUAGGUACAUAAUUUGCAGUUUCGUUCGUUGUACUGUUGUAAUAGACCAUGAUUGUAAUUUAACAAAGCAACAAUGACUAGAAAAUGCAUCGUGUCUGGGUGUAGAAGUGGAUAUGUGAGCAAUAAAAAUAAAGUGUCUUUAUUUCAUGUGCCAAAAGACAUUGAGUUACGGAAUCAGUGGCUACGAGCUUUACCGAAAGGAAAUAUUCCAAUUACCACUUCGCAUUUAGUUUGCGAAAAACACUUCGCUGCUUGCGAUAUAGUUCGGGAGAAUGUGCACAAAGAUGCUACAGGAAAAAUUAUCUUGCAGGUUUCACUGAAGCAUCCACGGCUUAAUGAUACAGCAGUGCCAUCAAUAUUUUCAAGCCCUCGACAACAUUGCAAAAUAAACAAUGAUAAUAACAUUGAAAACGUCACUGAGAGUAAGGUUAUUUAUCAGGAGUCAUCAUUAUACACUGUAAAGACAGACAAGGUAUAUCAAAAUAUCGUUUAUCGCGACCAUGAUUAUGCUCAUUCCAUGGACCUUGAAUGGGAGGGAGAUGUGGAAAACACAAAAGCAUAUGGCAAAACUUGCAAGAACAAUGUAAUAGAAGAUUGCACGGGCAAUGUAGAAGAUGAACCCUCAGAUGAUCGAACCAUGCUGACACUAAAGGACUGUUAUUCAGAAUUAUUAAACAAUGAAAAUCUGAUAGAAAUCCCAAAAGGCUGGUUUCGCUACAAGGAUAAUGAGGGAAAAAAGUGGGUUGCCUUUUCGACGUUCGGAGUCCAGAAUCAAGGUAAUAAUUUGCAACCUCUGAUAAGAAAAUCGGUAUUGGUGUUAGAAGACGGAACCGUUCAUAUGUCAGCACAUGGGAAAACAUUGUCUUCAAAGAAUAUAUCGUUGCUACCAAAACCUGUAGAGACUACAUCUGAACUAUGCCAUCUAUUGAAAACACUUUCGAAUAUGAAUAUCUGUACUGGCGUAGCUAUGCUUCAAGGAGCACAAUCCGUACCCAGUAACGUUGGUUGUCAAGAUUCAUUUGGUGAUUGGAGGCAUAAAGAUUGUCCUGUUCUUUGCAUAAAAAGAGUAUGCACACGAUGCCAAAGACUAAAAAAAACUCUGCAAGAAAGGAAUCGAAGGCUUAUUAAACAGAAUAAAAAACUGGGAAGACUGAAACUCGUAUGUAGAACAGAACGCGACCGAGAGAAAUUUGUCGUACUACGCAAAAAGAUUCGCUCCGAGGCUGCUGUAGCUCGCAGAGCCAGUGAAAAGAUUAAGAAAAUACAGGGUAUUAUAUCUAAAGCACAAAUGACAAUUAAAAAUCUCCGUGAGCAAUCAAUAAAGGAUAAAUGCGAAAAAUUAAAAUUGCCAGAGCCACAGCAAUUGGCAAUCCAAGAAAUUAUCGCCGCAGCAGGCAAGGAUAACAAAAAAGGCAACAGAUACUCCGAAAAUUGGGUUAUGAUGAGUAUGCUGAUGUUUAUUCGUUCUCCUGCCUAUUAUCGAUUCUUACGGGAAAAUGAUGUGCUCCCUUUACCUUCGCCGCAUACUGUCCGGCGUUAUUUAUCCAUUAUGAAUGUCAAGUGUGGCGUCGACAGCAAUUUUCUCGAAUUAUUUAAAAAGAAUUUAACCUCGAAAACUCCGAUUCAGAGACAUGGAAUUUUGCUGGUUGAUGAAAUCUCGCUCCGUUAAUCUAUUACUGUCUGCUCAUCCAGCUUAACAUUUAAAGGGUUGACCGAUCUGGGGGACGAAAGUACUAAAUCAAAGAGAUAAGACUUUUUUAAUAUGAUUAGAUUAGAAUCUUAGUUCAAUAAAAAUAUUGAUUUUUCCCUUG